UUCCAUAAAUGUGAACUAAACACUUAUUUUGAAAUUUUAAAACAAAAUAAUGAAAAUUCCAUGUGAAACUCAAAUUAUUAAUAGACAACUACCUAAUUCUUUAUCAAACAAAUAUGUCAAAUCAACUCUGGCGGUAGGAUUUCAUCCACCCAGAAAAGAGGAUGGUCAAUUGUUUAUUAUGCUCUUUACUCCACAACAUAAAAAUGGAAUUAGAUAUAAAGUAAAAGAUAAUAUAAAUAAAAUAUUUACAAAAUUCAUUAAUGAUGGGAAAGCUACUAUUUCGUUUAAAGUUCCUGAACACUAUAUUUUAAUCAACUGCAAUCCUAUUCAAUUGAAAUCGUUUUUGGCGACUUUGAAGUUGGGAUUAGAGGGAAAAACUGAAUUUAACGCAAUCGGUUUAAGCACACUAGCUACGACAAGUGUUCCACAAAAAUCACAUCCCGUUAAAAAGUUUACCAUUUUGAAAAAAAGUGAGUUCCCUAUUCACGGAAUUCCCAAAACAGUAGAAAUUUUAACGAUUUCUGGUAUAAACCGGCCUAAAGUUGAUUCACAAAUUCUUUUUUUAAAAAACUUAACAAAUUUAAAUUUAAGCGAAAAUAGUAUUUCUAAAAUACCUAAGGAACUCGGGAAACUUAAAUUAACAGAGUUAGAUCUGUCAAAUAAUAAUUUGGGAGAAAAUGAAUCACUGAAAGAUUGGGAAUGGAUUACAAAUGGAAAUAUCUUAAGUAGUUUAAGAUCAUUAAAUUUAAGUAAAAAUAAGUUAUCUUAUUUUCCAUACAAUAUUGUUAAGCUGAAAAACUUGAUAACGCUAAAGUUAAAUGAAAAUAACAUAAGAAAACUUCCUUUUGCAAUUAGAAGACUGAAUAAUUUAAAGUUUUUACAUCUUUGUUCAAAUAAGCUUGAAUCUUUACCAAAUAGUCUUAAUUAUAUUCACUUGGACACAUUAGAUGUUUGGAAUAACAAUUUUUUAUCACAACCUGUUGACGUACAAAUUAUAAGCAAAGCAAAAGGAUGUAUACCACCUCUUUGGGAAAUGGUCGCUCGUGUCGUUGAGUCUAAAAGUUUACGAUACAAUUCAGGAACAGUUCCAAGUAUACUUGUUGAUAUUAUGUCAGAAAGUCCGUUGUGCCCUUGCGGUUUGUUAAGUUUUUCAUCGCAAAUAUAUGAAAGAUCAGCAGUUAUAACUUUAGAUCAUGUUAAACAUUUAGUUUUUAGCAGAGAACAACUUAUUUAUCAAGAUUGUGCUGCCUGUAGUGAUAAGUGCGCUUCAAAAUUAUAUUCUAAUAAUAUGAUCUGAUCAUUUAAGUACUAAUUUAAGGAAUCUAUAUUAUUUUUCUGGAUAUGGCCUAUUACUAUCUACAGUCGAUAUAUACUAAAUGUAAUGAUUGAUAAAUUUUCAUUUUGGAGUGAAAUACGAAAUAGAUAAGCAACAAAUUUUACUGGAUAUUGAUAACGAGUCUAUAAUUGAUUAUAAAACUAAAAGUAAAAGUUCUUGAAAUUAGUUUUAUUCUAGCAAUAGAAUAAUUUUACAAUAUUAAUUUGAAAAUAAUAUUUCUAAUCUAUUGGGGUAAUAUUAAU